AUGUCUACUCCCAAGUUCAAGCUUCUCUGCUUAGAGAACCCCCUCCUCGACAUCCAGGGCAAAGGCGAUGAAGCCAUGCUCGAGCAAUACAGUCUGAAAGUCGACGACACCCUACUCGCCGAAGACCACCAGAUGGGCCUGUACGAAGACCUGAUCAAGAACCGCAACGCAAAGCUCAUUCCCGGCGGCGCCGCUCAAAACACAGCAAGAGGCGCACAGUACAUGCUUCCACCCAAAUCAGUGUGGUACAUCGGCUGCGUGGGCGACGACGAGUACGCCAAAAUCCUGCGCGAAAAGUGCGCCGAACAAGGCCUACAUGUCGAAUACUCCGUCGAUUCGACGACGCCGACAGGCAAAUGCGGCGUUGUCAUCACAGGCCACCACCGAACCAUGCUUACCCACCUGGCAGCCGCCAACAACUACAAGAUCGAUCACCUGCUGCAACCACACAUCUGGUCUAUGGUCGAAGACACCGACAUCUUCUACGUCGGUGGAUACCACCUAACCGUCUCACCACCAGCCGCCAUGGCCCUGGCCAAGCACGCCGCCGAGAAGAACAAGAUCUUCAUGCUCUCCCUGUCCGCCGGCUUCAUCCCACAAUUCUUCAAGGACUCGCUGGCCGAGAUCCUGCCGUACUGCGAUUACGUGUUCGGCAAUGAGAACGAGGCAAAGACCUGGGCUGAGACGCAGGGUCAUGCCGACAUCUCUAUUCCUCAAUGUGCAAAGUUAUUGGCCAAGACGUCCAAGGUGAACACGAAAAGACCUAGAGUUGUUAUUAUCACUCAAGGCACGGAUCCGACAAUAGUUGCUGUUGCAGAGGACGGCAAAGAGGUGGAUAUUAAGGAAUACCCCGUGCCUGUGAUCGACGAAAAGCUCAUCAACGACACCAACGGUGCCGGCGACGCAUUUGCCGGCGGCUUUUGUGCUGGCGUCGUCGAGGGCGAUUCAUUGGGAUUGUGCAUCAAGAAAGGCCAAUGGUUGGCGAGACUGGGCUUGCAAGAACUCGGUCCUUCGUAA